CGAGGAGGGCGGGCGCUGCUCGCGGCGCCGGGCCGCGUUCCCUGUCCGCGGCCGCCCUGCCACCAGCCCGCGUCCCCGCCGGCGGGAGCUCGGGGGACCGGGCGGCGGCGCGGCUGUGGCGGCGACUGGCUGGAUGCGAGACCUGCGCGGACCUGGCGGCGGACGGCGGCUCUCGACUCUGCGAAGCCGAUCGCGGAGGGGACGAGCCCGAACGCGCUGGCCAUGGCCUCCAACUUUAACGACAUAGUCAAGCAGGGCUACGUGAAAAUCCGCAGCAGGAAGCUGGGGAUUUUCAGACGAUGCUGGUUGGUUUUCAAGAAGGCUUCUAGUAAAGGACCCAGAAGGCUGGAAAAAUUUCCAGAUGAAAAGGCAGCAUAUUUCAGAAACUUUCAUAAGGUAACGGAACUGCACAACAUCAAAAAUAUAACCAGACUGCCUCGAGAGACAAAGAAGCAUGCAGUGGCAAUUAUCUUUCAUGAUGAAACGUCAAAGACAUUUGCCUGUGAGUCAGAGCUGGAGGCUGAGGAGUGGUGCAAGCAUCUCUGCAUGGAGUGUCUGGGGACCCGGCUGAAUGACAUCAGCCUUGGCGAGCCUGAUCUUCUGGCGGCAGGCGUACAGCGAGAACAAAAUGAGAGAUUCAAUGUGUAUCUUAUGCCUACACCAAAUCUGGAUAUUUACGGUGAAUGCACAAUGCAGAUCACUCAUGAGAAUAUCUAUCUCUGGGAUAUCCACAAUGCCAAGGUCAAACUGGUGAUGUGGCCUCUCAGCUCCCUGAGGAGAUAUGGACGGGAUUCAACGUGGUUUACCUUUGAGUCAGGAAGAAUGUGUGACACAGGAGAAGGACUAUUCACUUUUCAAACAAGGGAAGGAGAAAUGAUCUAUCAGAAGGUCCAUUCUGCGACACUGGCCAUAGCUGAGCAACAUGAAAGAUUAAUGCUAGAAAUGGAGCAGAAGGCCCGGCUUCAGACAAGCUUGACUGAGCCAAUGACGUUAUCCAAAUCAAUAUCUCUUCCUCGUAGCGCGUACUGGCAUCACAUCACUCGUCAGAACAGUGUUGGAGAAAUCUACAGUUUGCAAGGUCAUGGGUUUGGUUCCUCGAAGAUGUCGCGUGCACAGACAUUUCCCAGCUACGCCUCGGAGCAGAGCGAAGAGACUCAGCCGUCUCUGUCCCGGUCGAGCAGUUACGGAUUCAGCUACAGCUCCAGCCUCAUUCAAUGACAGUCAGAGAGCCACUGCCGACCAGAGAGACAGUCUGUCUGGACCUGCUGGUGGGGUUGCUGCACCCUCAGCCUCCUGGAAGACCAGUUGCAGGCAAAAUUGAAAUGGGGCGGGUCUAGUCCCGAUCCCAGUAGAAGGUUAAAACCUGGAGUUCUGCUUCCUUGACUCUGUGGCUAAGUCCUUUAUUUAUUGAGUUUUUUGGGGGUGGGGGGGAAUCUAUGUUUUACAAAAAUAGAAUCCAAAUCGUAUGAAAGGUCAUUUAAAUGAAAUUCUUUGGUUCUGGGCACCAUGAGAAGUUGCCCGUGCUGGGUUGUGCCUGGGUGGUGGGCUUGACCCCUGUCCUCGUGGCUCAGCCCUCCUGCCUGAUGACAGGGUCUGUCCUUAGACAUAAGGUCACCCACCACAACCUAUGUGGCAUGGAAAGUUUUGACGGGGACAAAUCCAGCAAGGUCUACAAAUGGCAUCAUAACUCUCCAUAUAAAUAAGCCCCAGUGACAAUUAAGAGAACCCGAGAUCUAGAACACACUGUUGAGCAGGGCCUUGUAGCUCUGCUGUGUGUGUGUGUGUGUGUGUGUGUGUGUGUGUGUGUGUGUGCGUGUGCGCGCAUCUGUAGACAAAUAGAGACAUGGAUAUUGCUGUAUCCAUUUAUAUCUAACAAGUAUAUAUCAAAUGUGUGCUGAGGGUGACAGGAUAUGCUCACUUACAUUGUUGAAUACUGUAAUUUGGUGCAUUAACAUUAAGAUUGUUAUGUUGAAUAGCUAUUUUUAAAAUAGUGCUGUAAAAAAAAAGGCUUCUUAUUAGCAAAAGUACUUAUGUAGUCAAGUCUGCUCCUCUGACAAGUAUAAAUGAGUAUGUGAGAAGGAGGGACACACUCGAAAACGAAAGCAAGAGAACUGGUCCAGCUGUCUGUCCUACGUGUCAUGUCACCACACUGUCUUUCUGGUUAGUACUCCUUUCUUGACGAUGUUUCUCUCUUUGACCAUCCCUCUGAGCUACGUGAGGAAGAUUAGGUGUGAUCACGCACUGCUUCCGUUUACCCUCAAAUAAAAGAAAGACUUUAAAUGAGAGGCUGUAUUUCAAGAAACAGAUAAAAAGUAUAUGUAUAUACCUAAAAAGAACUCAGCUAUUUUACAGUCGGGAGAACAAUGGGCACAGGAUUGUAGAUAUUAAUUAUUUCAGAUUUUAUAGAUGCCAUUCUCAAAAGCCAUUGGGUGCUUGUGAUUUAGUGUGUAACCAGAAUUUGCUAAGCUUACUUUCUUUUUAAUGGACAUGGGUUGGUUGGGAUCAUCAGAGAAAACGGAUCAAAUAUCAUUUUUUUUCGUAUCUGAAAUUCAUGACAAAACUACCAAGUUUAAAGGGAAGUGAGUGGUUGGCUUCCACGUGAUCUAAAAAAUUUGGCUAAUUUAAUUAAGGUCAACAAAGAUAUUUUUGUCCUUAAUUUUGAAGUUUACUCAAGUAAAAAUAAAAAUCAUUCUGCCUGAAUUAUCUGAUGCCACAUGCCUAAGAUGGUCAGCUUAUAAAUACUCCAAGGGGAAUCUAAAGAACAAUGAACCCAGAUCAUGUAAGAGAAAAGCCUGAAUUUUUUUCUUAAUAGCAAAAUUCUUUAAACUAUUAAAGUUAGUCUGUUGAAGGGUUAUCUGUUUUGCUGAUCUGUAAUAAGACUCUUUUUUUUAUCUCUAUCCAUAGCUUGAAUGCAGAUUCCAAAUUCAUUUCAGAGAAUUACUAAUGACUAGAAAUGGUUCUGGGUCCCUCCUAGAUAAAUGUACACUUAUAACAACUACCUAGACUCUCUGAAUCUCUCAGAUAAGUAUGAAAACCCCAUCAAGAUGCUAAUCAUAAGAGUUAAUGUGGCUGUGAAAAAUAAUUAUCUUAAGCUUUCAGGGAUAAAAAGAAAAUUAUUCAAACUCAGCGCUGUGAAUUUUGCUGACACAGCAGAAAAGCAGAUGCCUGGUUCCUGAUGAUGGUACAGCUUCCCUAAAAUCCCAGCUUGCGGGGUCAUACACCUCUGAAUCACUUAGCACAUUGGCAUUUGCUUCUGAAAUGCCGUUGUAAACCACACCAGAGCAACUCCCCACUGAGACCAUUUGAGCACAGCUCCUAGUGGUGCCACAUUCAGAGCAAGGCUCUCACCCACUCACUCAGUCGAGCUGUUGCUUAGAGACCACAGUUCCUACAUGGGACUUGUGGGGAAAGCCCCUCAGGGGUCCUGUUCAUGUCUCAGCGUCAUUAAUGUGCGAGAAGCACAGAGAGAGAGUCCGGGGCCGGGGGGGGGGGGGGGAGGUUCUGCUAAUUAGAUGAGUCUGCUCUUGUGUCUGUUUGGUAGAAGACACAAUACCUGAAUGAAAUUGCUUCCAGAACAUCAUUUGCUUGUGACCACUACCAGUGAGCAUAACUGAGGCGAUACCAAAGAUCAGGCUAAGCUUGGGCCAGUUCAUUCUGAAAAUAAUGUCAUUAAAAGAGUAUGUGAGAGAAAUUUCCUUCCCAAGUCUUUAACCCAAUCUCAUCCCAAUGAGGAUAAUGCUAUAAAGUCUCCCAUGGUACAUUUUUGGAGCUUUAUUCUAGCAUACUCCUCCAUCUAUACUUGUAAUUGUAGCUGAGUUAAAAUUGCUAACCGAACAGAUAGGAGAAUUUACAUUAGCCUAAUAUACUUGACAUUAAGGCAAUGUGCAUUGUAAUAAAAAUGACGAGCAUAUAAAUCUUCUACAAAAACCAAAGAUGAAGGAAAAGUUACCAUACUAUUCUCCUGGAACUUCAUAAAACUAAUUUCAUUGGAGCAAUUAGAAUGGACGUAGACACAUAUUCAGCUCACUUGAGCUCAUAGGUUUGGACUGAAGAUGCCUCUACAUUCUGCAAGUCAUUUUUCUCCCUCAGAAAUUAUAUUAUAUCUUUCCUGCCAUUGGGGUUGCUAUGAACCAAAAACAUCCUUUGGCUCCUUCUGAAAGUGACUCAGUUGGGGUUCCAGCUGGAUUUAGGCAGGUGAGUGAAGAUGGUCACAGUUUCAGUAUUGGGUUGGAAGAGAGCAGUGGUAAAGGGCCCUGACCCGAGUAAGUGGAGGCUCUUCUGAGAGCAGAGAAAGCCUGGAGGGUGUACACAGUUCACAGAUAGAUGACAUGGUGGGAGGGGGGAGAGGUUAUUUCUUACAUCCCCAAGUUUUCUUCUGAAAAUAUUAAUCGUUGCACCCAUGACCAACACCUGACAUUAUCUUUAAAGUGUGGAAAAGUAUAAAAUAACCUUGACCCAAUAGUUUAUCAUUACUGGUGGGGGGGGAAAGAAAACACAUCUUUCACUAAUUCAUUGAAUGAGUAAUAGGCACUCAGAACUAAUUUAUUUAUGCAGGUUACAGAUAUUUAUGAAUCAAUAGGUUCUGGCCACUGCCACAAUAUGAACUUAAUAAAAUCAGAAAUAUAUAUUUACUUACAUACUAGGGAGGAUGCUGUUUGAUGGAACAUGUGAAAUAAAGUGAAACCUAUUUAUUAAAAGUAAACCUCACUUUUUUUCACCAAGUAGUAACUAAAGUACUAGUCCUAGUAUCUUGUACAAUUUUUCUGUCUUCAUUGGGCAAUUAUGUUUGAAAAUCAUUUAUCACCUAUAAAACGUUCUACCACUAAUACUUUCUGUCCAAUAUAGAAACAGUGGACUGAUAAAUAACAUUACACGGUUAACAGUUUCUACAGUCAAUUUAUUUAUUGCAUGUGGUAUCUUUAGAGUAGAUAUUAAAAACAUAUCAUAAAAACUGAUGUCUGCCCCUCGUUCUUUGGCCAAUAUCUCAGAAAACUUUGUAAAAAAGCAUGAGUACCCUAAUCCCUUUAGGGGAUUAUUUGAGCCACUUACUCAAGUCAACCAUUAAUGCUACAGUGAAAACAAGCUAAGCAAAUUAUAUUCUUAUAAAAAAAUUCGUAGUCCAGUUUUGAUGAUUAUAACAGCACAAUAAAUGGGCAAUAUACAUUUAGUGGGGCUGAGCUUUAGGCUUUUUUUUUUUUUUUUUGAGCUUUAGGCCUUUAACACAUUAUGUCUUAUAACAAAUAUUGUACUAAAAACUGCUCAAAGUGAGGAUGACACACUUUUCUCCAAUUCUAUUAACAUAUCAUGUCGAUCAGUAUCUUGCAGUUUCAAAUUACUUUAUCAGUCAUUAACCAUACUUUACAAUUCCUCAACCUUGGCCUUCUCCAAAUAGAUAAAAAUUGGCCACUCUAUUUCCAUUACUAUAAUGCUAGGUGAUGUGCCACACAGAUGAAUUUCUAGCCUAUGAAAUGUAUGGAGAACAAUAUUCCAUGGAGGGGGCAGAGAAGAGGGAUGGGACCUACUCAGGAGGGCAGCGAUUUAGAUAAAAUUAUAAAGACUCCAAUGAAAUGUCCAAAGUAGCACUAAGACUCUUACUUUCUUAACAUUCUAACGGCAGUUCCGUAUCACAGACUUGGCCUUCCUGACCAGCGUCAUCUGGUACCGACCAUGCAAUCAAAAGAAGACAGCAGUUGGGCCAUGUUUUGAAAUGACCACAUAAAGACAACACAUAACCAAUAAGUAUGCUUCCUUGGGUUUAGUGAAAAUUAUUGAACAUGAAAGGAUGUGUAACAAGAUCCCCAUGGUAAAAUGUCUCUUUGGUAACAUGAGGAUCAUUUUCGUAUGGUCAACUUCAUUUGAGUUUCGAAAUGAAGGUAUAUUAUCCGUGACCCUGGCUGGGGGCUAAGUAUGUCAGAAGAGAGCCACAGUUUCAUGCGUGCAUUCUCUGUGAAUGUAUUUGCAAAAUGAACCCGCCUUUUUCUCCCUGAAACUACCACAAAUCCUUACUUUCUUACUCGAGAAUGUGAAUCUUUGUUGUAUCAUUUCUACAAUUAUUACAACUUGUUGAGGCAGCAGCUAGUUUACAGAGUCUCAUGGAAGUAUCCUGAGAUGUUGGGCACAUAUUCUAGACGGGCAGGAUGCCAGCUAGCUCUGGAAGCCAUCAUGUAGAAUAAAGGUCCUACCUUAUGUUCUACUCAGGAGGAAACCCAAACCCAUGAAUGUUGUCAUUUAUUCGAAGGCAAAGAAACAAUCAGGAAUAGUUUUGCCCAGUUCCAGGCUCCUGGGCCAGGACUACUUCCGUGGCUCCAUCUUGUCUCCCAUUUAGAUACAGUGGUAGUUGAAAAAUGCCACAUGGCCUCUAAAUAAAUGGGCCCUUGCAUAACGUUUAAGUGUCUCCUCAGAUUUUUCAGAUGUUCCUAACCUUUCCUGGAUUCAUCACUAACUAUGUCAAUAGAGAGGCUUUAUGAGACAAUUCACUGGACUUGUAGGUCAUGAAUGAUUGUUAUAAAUUUUAUUACUCUUACAUUGUCACCCAGUUCUUCAUUGGCAAUUCAAACUUAUUUAUCCUAAAGUGAUAGUCAAACUAAAAAAAAAAACAAGUAUAUAUGUUUUGUAUUCCUACUGAUUCAUCAUAUUGUAAUUGGGAUUAAUAUUUUGGGGACCUUUAUCACUCUGUAGCAUUUUGGCUUAAUUCUUUAUGGCGUUUGUCCGUUUGUCACAAUGCACUUAGAUAAUAACAUCGGGUUUACAUUUUAUUUCAUGUGAACUUCAAAAAUCUUCCAUUUUCAGUUGAAAUUGGGAAAUGACCUUUUUUUACAAUAAAUUAGCUUAACAUAUCAAGUUUCUUAUACACUUCAGUAGACAAUUAUUUAAAUUAACUGAAGCCUAGAUAAAUAAGAAAUCAGUUAAAAUUACCAAGUAGUAAGAAAACCACAUUUUACUCAUGAUUUUCAUACACUUUCCCAGUUUAAGAUUUUAAUAUCUUGUAAACAUUUAAAGGAGAGGAAAAGUACAUUUGUAAGAGAAAUAUUACAAUUUCCUUCUAAUAAUUGUUUAAUAAGUUUUUAUUUUACCUCAUCUUCUAUGCCUACUACCCUAUAUUCCAUAUUCCAAUUUUAAGAAGAAUGAAUAAAUUUAAAUUUUUUAAUAGUUAUUUGGAGCUAGUUUUAGUUGUUGAUACAAUUCACUUUCUCCAUUUGUUCUCUACUUUUCGGAUGAUUUUAGACUUAAAGAGAGCUUAAAAUCAGCCCUUUUUGUAGACAGAGAAUCAUGCAUUGAGUGGAGCAAGAUCAACCCUGACCCUGCAGUGGUGUUCAUAUUGGUAUCUGAUUGCUACCCUAAUUCACUCAAGUGAUCCACAGCCUCAUAAGACUUGCUUAUUUUUUGGAAAUCUGAAAUUUAAAAGCCUAAGUUCAGGAAAAGAGGGUGGAGAUAAUGACAGUUUUUUUUUCAAAAGUCACUACAGAUUUUCUCUCAAAGAAAACAAUGUAAGAGGGUUUGUAUGGUGUUUCAAUAUUGUUGACUAUUUGACAGAUGGGCUAAAAGGCAGGGAAAAUGAAGAAUAAAAUGGCAGUAGCAUCUUAAUAUUAUAUAUAAAUCAAAAAUUAGCAUGGUGUAGGUGAUUAUGAAAUCAUGUGACUAAUCAAAUUCAGAUUUACAUAUCUAUUGCAUAAUUCAAAGAACAGUGCUUAUUCUUAUAUAUAUAUAUGUAUAUAUAUAUAUACAUAUAUAUAUAUGUAUCAGUGGGUUCAGUGGGGGAAAGGAAGCUCUAAAUUUUUGUGAAGACCGAAAAUAGACAAUAGAGAUUCCUUCUAGUUAUAAGGCACUCUAUAUUACUUUGGUAAUAGCAGGCAGUAUAUAAAUUACAACAACGAAUCCAUCUACUCCCUGACAAUAGAUGAGCAUAAAAGCCAGUAUCAUCUUUACAGCAGAUGACAGAAUUCCCAGGACCUGCAGAAGCCCCCUUGUACCUUCUCUGCACAAACCCUAACACCACACACACACACACACACACACACACACACACACACACACACACUUUUUUUUUACUUUUGACCUACUCUGUCUGUAUGUGCUAUAUUUGUUAUCUUUUUUCUAGGUCCACCCAGAAUUAUCCCAUCUUUUAAAAUCCUUAUCCUUACUAAUCUUCAAAAUAUAUUAAAUGACGUGUUCUAUGUUUGCUUUCUAUAAAUUCUUUUAAAUUAAUUUAUAUAUACUUUGUGAAGUCUUCUGUAAAGAGAUGUCAUUUGUCAUUGAUUAAAUAUAAUGUUUAUGAUUAUUUUGAUAAAAAUAACUUUGGAUGCUAGGCCCUUGUUAAGAAAUAAAAUAUCCAUUACAAAUUUGCUUCUACUGAAAAUUAUAUGAUUUGACAUACCUUAUUUUUCAUCACAAUCUAUUCCAGAUAAAUAAUAGUUUGGGGACGUCUGUACUUAAAUACUAGUUGAGCCAUGUUUUGGAAUGGAAUGCAAAGGAAUAGCUGUCCCUGGAACCUAAAUGUGAAUUUCUGGCAGAACAGAAAAUAUUAUAAAAAUGAGGCAAUAAUAAAAUUAGGAAAUUAAAUUAUUUUUAAAUCUGUCUGUGUGAUUUUUCCCCUUGGUAAAAACACAUGAAAUACAUAAUGUAAGAGUUACCUUCUUCUGAGUUCAUAGUUUCUGUAUCUCAAUCCUUAGUAGAUACACCUAAUCAAUUGUUAUUAAUGUCUUCCUCAUAAUUCUAAGAAAUUUACAACUGAUAUGGCUACAAGGAGGGUAAUUUAUGGUAAUUUAAGAAAUCCUCCAUUACUGAAAAAAAGCAGUUCAAAAAUACUACUUUACACCACAACUUUGCAUGAUUGAGAUUUUGAACAUCUAAAUUGAUGGUUUUUACCCAUGAGUUAUUUAAUAUUGUUCAUUAUGAUAUUAUAUGAUUUCCUUAUACUUUUAUUAUCAUGUGAUGAACUGUAACUAUGUAAUUAAACAGGAUUCUGACAAUCGUAGUCUGCUAACCUUUAAAAUGUCACUUAUUCUUUCAUUCCUUGGCUUGCUAUUUUCAAAAUAAAAUAAAAGAAGGCCCUUUAU